GACACACACACACACACACACACACACACACACACACACAGAGAGACGGAGCCACGCGGACACCCAGAGCGACGGACAGACAGACAGACAGCCUGAUCUAAAGAGUCUAACGGAUCCAAAGGAUCUAACGGAUCUAACGGAUUUAACAGAUCUAACGGAUCUAACGGGUCUAACGGAUCUAACGGGAGGUAUCUGAGUCGUUAUCCGCGGCCUGUCUGCGGCUGUUAUUGGAGCGGCUGAGGGUAGGUGGAGGCUGGAGCGGACCGUGUGUGUCCCCCGGUGUGGUCCCCGGUGUGGUCCUUUGUCUCGAGCAGCCCUGCCGGUGUGUGCGGGAGAUGGUGGACGCGGCAGAGUGCGGGGUUUGCGGGGUGAAGGUGAUGUGUCGCUUCCGGCCGCUGAACGACGCGGAGCGGGGCCGCGGAGACAAAGACAUCCCCAAAUUUAACGGCGAGGACACGGUGGUGGUGGCGGGGAAGCCGUAUGUGUUCGACCAAGUCCUCCCUCCCAACACUGAACAGGUUCAGGUGUAUGACACCUGCGCCAGACAGAUUGUCAAAGAUGUGUUGGGGGGGUACAACGGGACAAUCUUUGCUUACGGUCAGACGUCUUCAGGAAAGACUCACACCAUGGAGGGGAAUCUGCAUGACCCCCGUCUGAUGGGAAUCAUCCCUCGGAUCUCCAGAGAUAUCUUCGACCACAUCUACUCCAUGGACGAGAACCUCGAGUUUCACAUCAAGGUCUCAUAUUUUGAAAUCUAUCUGGAUAAGAUCAGAGACCUCCUGGAUGUGUCAAAGACAAACCUUGCGGUCCACGAAGACAAAAACAGAGUUCCUUUUGUCAAGGGUUGCACGGAGCGUUUUGUUUCCAGUCCUGAUGAGGUGAUGGACGUCAUUGACGAGGGAAAAGCAAACCGCCACGUCGCCGUCACCAACAUGAAUGAGCACAGCUCUCGCAGCCACAGCAUUUUCCUGAUCAACAUCAAGCAGGAGAACGUGGAGACGGAGCUCAAACUGUCGGGGAAGCUUUACCUGGUCGACCUGGCCGGCAGCGAGAAGGUGAGUAAAACAGGAGCAGAAGGCUCCGUGUUGGACGAAGCCAAGAACAUCAACAAGUCUCUUUCUGCUCUGGGGAACGUCAUUGCUGCUCUGAGUGAAGGAACGAAAACCCAUGUCCCGUACCGAGACAGUAAGAUGACUCGAAUCCUGCAGGACUCUCUGGGAGGAAACUGUCGAACCACCAUCAUCAUCUGCUGCUCUCCUUCAGUUUACAACGAGGCUGAAACCAAGUCCACGCUCAUGUUCGGACAGAGAGCUAAAACCAUAAAGAACACUGUGUCUGUUAACCUGGAGCUGACGGCUGAGGAGUGGAAGAAGAAGUACGAGAAGGAGAAAGAUAAGAGCAGGAGUCUAAAUAUCGUGAUCCAGAAACUUGAGAACGAGCUUAAACGCUGGAGGAAAGGUGAGUGUGUACCUGUGGAGGAGCAGCUGAGCAGCAGAAACAAGAAGAGCAGCAGCAGUGAGACGGCAGCAGUGAUCGACAGCUCAGCCCCGCCCCCUGUUCCUCUGUUGGAUGAAGAGAGGACGCAGUAUGAGACGCUCAUCACUGACCUGUACCACCAGCUGGACGACAAGGACGAUGAGAUCAACCAUCACAGUCAGACGGCCGAGAAACUCAAACAGCAGCUGAUAGACCAGGAGGAGGUGACUGCUGACGACCGCCAACAGGACUAUGAGCGUGUGCAGGAGGAGCUGUCGCGGCUACACAGGGACUGCGACUCGGCCAAAGAGGAGGUGAAGGAAGUGCUGCAGGCCCUGGAGGAGCUUGCCGUCAACUACGACCACAAGAGCCAGGAGGUGGAGACCAAGAACCGCUGCAACGAGCAGCUGAAUGAGGAGAUUGCACACAAAACUUUGCGUCUGGAGGCGGUUCAGAGGGAGUUUUCUACGCUGCAAGAAGUGAGUUCUCAUCAGAAGAAAAGGUCUGCAGAGAUCGUUAGUCUGCUGCUCAGAGACCUCAGUGACAUCGGCAGCAUCCUCAGCACCACCGAACUCAAAGCUAUGACCGAGACGAGCGGCGUUAUGGAGGAGGAGUUCACCACAGCUCGGCUCUACAUCAGUAAACUCAAGUCUGAGGUCAAAUCUCUGGUGAACCGUAGCAAACAGCUGGACAUCAACCUGACGGAGAACAUCUGCAGGAUGGAGGCCAAUGAGACAGAGCUCAACAGCUGCCAGCUGCUCGUCUCCCAGCUUCAGGCGAAGAUCUCGUCUCUGACAGACGACCUGCAGAAGUUGGAGCAGAAGAAGAGGAAGUUGGAGGAGAGUCAGGACGCUCUGAUGGAGGAGCUAGCCAAACUGCACGCUCAAGAUCAAAUGCAUGAGGUGACGGUCAUGGACAAAGAGAAAGAACACAUGAGCAGACUGAAGGACGCUGUUGAGAUGAAGAGAACACUGGAGGAACAGAUGGAGAACCACAGAGAAGUUCAUUCCAAACAGCUGAGUCGUCUCCGAGACGAGAUCGAGCACAAGCAGAGACAUGUCGACCAACUCAAAGAUGUGAAUCAAGCUCUGCAGGUCGAGAACAGGAAGCUUCAGUCCGACUUUGACAAACUGAAAGCUGAGGAUCAGAACAAAGACCAGAAACUCCAGAAACUAGUGUUUCUGAAUGAGAAGAGAGAACAAGCCAAAGAGGACCUGAAAGGUCUGGAGGAGACUGUGGCCAAAGAGCUGCAGACACUAAACCACCUUCGAAAAGUCUUCAUCCAGGACCUCGGCACUCGUGUCACGAAUAGUGCAGAAAACGACUGUGACGAGGCCGGCGGCAGUCUGGCUCAGAGACAGAGGAUCAUCUUUUUAGAAAAUAACCUAGAGCAGCUCAGCAAGGUCCACAAACAGCUGGUGCGGGAUAACGCUGACCUUCGCUGUGAGCUACCUAAGCUGGAGAAGCGUCUGCGGGCCACAGCAGAGCGAGUGAAAGCUCUGGAAGCCGCCUUGAGAGACGCCAAGGAGUCGGCCAUGAGGGACCGUAAAUGCUAUCAACAGGAAGUGGACCGCAUCAAAGAGGCUGUACGCUCCAAGAAUGUCUCCAGGAGAGGACACUCUGCUCAGAUAGCCAAGCCAAUCAGAGCAGGACAUCUGCGUCAUCAGAACCCGUCCUCCUCUCCGUCCAUCAGACCGGCUGUCCGAGGAGGGGGGUUGGCGUCCAGUCCACGCCACCACUCCCCCCGACAGAAACCACAACAACAACCGCAGCAAACUCCACAACAACAGCCCCAUCAGAGCCAAAGCAAGUAAGCUACAGGGUGCAGACAAUUCCAGGUCAUUUUCCUUUUCUGUGGAUCUUUGACUUUCUGAACUCUCCUGCUCUCACCACUCUGCUUUACUGGA